AUGGCAAAAGUGAGGCAUUUGAUUGCCUGUGAAACCCUUGUCGAUGCCGACUUUGCACUUGCCGAGCGCAAUGGAUUUGCAGACGUUGCAUCAGACGGCGCGUCGCGAGGCGGCCAAAAGCUGAGUGAAGCUGCGGCGACCAAGGCCGGCGGCGGCAUCUGCGGAAGGGUACCUGCGUAG